AUGGCGGCGCCCAGGGGGCGGCGCGGCCGGGGCCCGUGAGCCGCCAUGUCGGGCCGGCAGGGCAACAAGCUGCCCAGCAACCUGCCCCAGCUGCAGAACCUGAUCAAGCGGGACCCGGCCUCCUACACCGAGGAGUUCCUCCAGCAGCUCCACCACUACCAGUCCCAUGUGGAGAUCUUCACCUUCCAGCCGGACAAGCCCAGCAAGGAGCUGGCAGAGCUGGUGAUGUUCCUGGCGCAGGUGAGCCCUGGCCUGCCCGCGGGGAGCUCCCCGGGCCUGGCCCGCUCCUCGCGCCGGUCGCUUUUCCAGCCGCCUCCGUCGGGUGACCCGAGGUUUUCGCUGGAGGUUUCAGCGGGGUCUGUCUCUGCCCAGGUUGCCCACUGCUACCCCCAGCACGUGGCCAGCUUCCCCCAGCAGCUGAAGGACCUGCUCUCCUACCACCACACGGUGCUGGACGCCGACCUGCGCCUGACCUUCUGUAAGGCUUUGAUCUUGCUAAGGAACAAGAACCUCAUCACCCCCACGAGUUUGCUGGAGCUCUUCUUUCAGCUGCUGCGCUGUCACGACAAGCUGCUGCGGAAAACUUUGUACACUCACAUCGUGUCAGACAUCAAGAAUGUCAAUGCCAAGCACAAAAACAACAAAGUGAACACAACGCUGCAGAACUUCAUGUAUACUAUGCUGAGAGACAGCAACCCUACUGCUGCCAAGAUAUCUCUGGAUGUGAUGAUUGAGCUUUACAUGAGGAAUAUCUGGAAUGAUGCCAAGACAGUCAAUGUUAUCACAACUGCCUGUUUUUCCAAAGUGACAAAGGUGUUAGUUGCUAGUUUGAAGUUCUUUCUUGGGAGAGAUGAAGAUGAAAAACAAGAUAGUGACUCAGAAUCUGAGGAUGAUGUUCCCACAGCCAGGGAUCUGAUGAUGCGAUACGCAACUAACAAGAAGAACACCAAGCGCAAGAAGAAACUGGAGAAAGCCAUGAAGGUUCUCAAGAAACAGAAGAAGAAGAGCAGGCCAGAAGUGUUCAACUUCUCUGCUAUUCACUUGAUUCAUGAUCCCCAAGACUUUGCAGAGAAACUGCUGAAGCAGCUGGAGAACUGUAAGGAACGAUUUGAAGUGAAGAUGAUGCUCAUGGACUUGAUAUCUAGGCUAGUUGGAAUACACGAGCUUUUUCUUUUUAAUUUCUACCCCUUCAUUCAGAGAUUCCUGCAGCCCCAUCAGAGAGAAGUGACAAAAAUUCUUCUGUUUGCUGCUCAAGCUUCACAUCAGCUAGUACCACCUGAGAUUAUCCAGUCAGUGUUAAUGACCAUUGCCAACAACUUUGUCACUGACAAGAAUUCUGGGGAGGUCAUGACUGUAGGAAUCAAUGCAAUAAAAGAAAUCACUGCGAGAUGUCCCUUAGCCAUGACCGAAGAUCUGCUCCAAGACCUUGUUCAGUACAAGACUCAUAAAAAUAAAAAUGUGAUGAUGUCUGCAAGAACUUUGAUACACCUUUUCCGUUCCCUGAAUCCAGAGAUGCUGCAGAAGAAAUUCAGGGGCAAGCCUACUGAGGCCUCCUUGGAAGCUAGGAUUCAUGAAUAUGGUGAACUGGAUGCCAAAGAUUAUAUUCCAGGAGCAGAAGUACUGGAUGUUGAAGGAACCAAAGAGGAAGAUGGAUGGGAAAGUGCUAGUCUGAGUGAGGAAGAAGAUAAUGAAGAUGGAGAAUGGAUUGAUGUGCAUCACUCCUCAGAUGAGGAGCACCAAGAAGUAGCAGAGAAGGUGAAAAGCAUGCCUGUGGAGGAGCGAAAAGCCAAAGCUGCAGCAGUCAGUACCAGCAGGCUGCUAACCCAAGAAGAGUUCCACAAAAUACGCCUUGCUCAGCUCUCCAAAGAACUUAAUUCAGCACCUGGCAAAGCUGCCAAAAGGAAACAUAUUGAAAUAGAUGAUGAAGAGGAGCAGGGCAGGGGAGAGUUGCUUUCACUCAGAGAUAUUGAACAUCUGCAUAAGAAGCCUAAAUCGGACAAGGAGACCAGACUAGCAACUGCUAUGGCUGGAAAAACAGACAGAAAAGAAUUUGUGAGAAAGAAAACAAAAAUUAACCCCUUUGCCAGCUCUUCCAACAAAGAAAAGAAGAAGCACAAGAACUUCAUGAUGAUGAGAUACAGCCAUAGUGUCCGGACAAAAAACAAGCGUUCUUUCAGGGAAAAACAGCUGGCUCUUCGAGAUGCACUUCUGAAAAAGAGGAAACGGCUGCUAAAGUAACACGUGGGAAUGGAGAGGAGUACUUGAUCACCUGUGAAGAAACAGCCCUAGAAAUGCUUGUUUCCACACACCACGGCUCCACAGGAAAAAAAAAAAAAAAGGGACUGAAAUGCCCUAUGGGUUUUUCUGCUUUCUUCAGAAACAUAAAUUGCACGCUUCCAAGUUGUUGGAUAGUGAACCUGCAGGACUGACAGAAAAGACCUUCAUCCUUGCAGGAUUUGAACUUUUUUAAAGCAUUCUAGGGAAGAAAGCAGUUGUCUUUGAUUGAAUAGAACUUACUUACAGCUGGUUUUGUAUCUGUAAGUGUUAAAACCUAAAACCUUAUUGUAAAAAGUGUUUUACUUGAAGCAACUAAUGAAUUGGAAGGGAAAAAAAUGUCCUCAGCGUCCGUGCCUGUCUUAGUGAUCUGAUUUUACAGACUGAGUAACCUAUUUACUAAGCAGCUGUUUUUAUCCAUUUAGUAACAAAACCAAGUUCUUGUGAUACAAGUAAGUUCAAUUGAGCAGUGAGGGGGAAGAACACUUUGAUCAAGUGACCGGUGAGGGGAAACAGUUUCAUUAUGGUUUGAAGAAAAUAAGAAAAAUUGGUAUAUGUGAGAGGGUUUUCAUAUUGCCAUUUAAAUAGAAAGGUAGGGUCACAUGCAGGAGAACAAAGGAAUCUUAUUUUUCUAUAUCAAUGUAUCUUGUGGUGGGACUUGACUAGCGACUGAUUUUUGAAGUACAAGGGAGAACAACGUGGACCUGUGGAUUCUUCAUACCCAAGACUGAACUCUUGCUUCAGCCUUUACCUCUGCUGGGACCAUUGUGUUUGUACCUUACCCACCCACCUGUUUUAAUGGAACCUUGAGGGAGUUAUUUGUACUUCCCUUGGUCAAAUUCUGUUUUGAAGUGGAUUUCCUUGUGGGGCAGGCAGAGGUGCCACAUGCUCAGAUUAAUAGAAAAGCAGUUGGUGAGGUAUUUUUCUCCUGUUUUCUUAGGAAACCAGGUUAAUGUUUAUAUCCUACAUAGGAGUUCACUUACCUGAGGUAUGUUAUGUUGAAUACACAGUUGUAUUCACCUGAA